CCAAUCCCGACCACCUGAUGCUAAUGCUGUUCCUCCUGAUAUAACCCCUCAAGAACGUAAAGCUACAUGCUUGAUGACUGUUAGACUUGUACAGGGAGGUGAUAUGGCUUUGUCAGAGCUACUGCAGGUUUUAGAAUCUGCUUCACUCCUUCCUCAUCAUGUCACCACCUUUAUGACGGCUUUGCACCAGAUGUAUUGCAGUGGGAUUGACAGUUUGCUUAAUUUAUUUGACUCUGUUGAGAAAUUUUCUGCCCAAGAUCAGAUCCGUGCAGAAAACUUUCCCUGUUUGUGGACAAGUGUUGUAGGUCUUUAUGUUCGUAGAUUGAAUCUAUCUUUUCGCCGUUUGAGUUUUUCACAAGUUACCUCACUCUACCAACAAUUCAGAGACUACUAUGAAGAAUGUUUUGCGACAAACAGCACCCAGAUGCAACAGCAUAUUGACACUGAUAUUCAGAUGGCAGCAGAUGAAUCAAAUAUAGCUGAAGACACAGAUUCUGACACGAAAAUGGAAGACAUGAUGGAAGAGAGUAAAGAUGAAGAUUUAGGAGCUGACAUAACAGCUUGCAGUGAAGAAGUCUUGGCCAUCAAUUCAUCAUCAGCUAGGGAACCUCAGCCUAUGUUGCUUCUGCCUCAUGCAAACCAACGGGAUACUGAUAGUGUGGGGCAUUCCAAUCACAGUACAAGACAACAAGCAGAGCUGUUUAUUAGUCGGCAAGCAACACUAUUGCAAAUUAAUGAGACUGCUGCUCUUCCCCCACAAAAACUUCAGGAAAAGAUUCGACAGUUGGUGCAACAUAAUCCUGACCUUGCAGAAGCCCAUUAUCUCAGCUACUUGAACUGUAUACGCACAAAAGAAUUAUCUGGAGCUGUACAUAGUCUGCUUCAUGCUUAUGACAGUCAGUUAAUGAAUCGAGAUAGCAGCCGAUUGGAAGAUCAGGGACGAGGCUUUAGAUAUGCAGCAUUAAAUGUAGCUGCCCUCCAUGCACAAUUUGGACACAAGAAAGUUGGAUUAGCAAUUCUAAAGGAAGCUAUUCGUCUUGCACAAGAAUGUAGUGAUCAUGCUUGCUUACAACAUGCCUUAUCAUGGUUAUAUGUGUUAUCACCAACACAAAAGAGUCAGCUGAUGAGACGAUCAAUCAUAAAAAGUAGUGAGCUUUCUUUAAGCUAUCUAAGUUCACUAGGUCGCUUGAAUCAUGCAGCACAGUUAGCAUAUACACGGGCAUCACCAUCACAUCUUCUACAAAGUAUAUCCCGGGCAGAAGCUCUCAAUUGCCAGAACAGUUUAGUCUCCCUUCAACAUUGUGCCUGGGGAUUACGUGCAGCCCUAUGGGCAAAUUGGGGAAUUAGUAAUAUGGCAUUAUUAACUUCUCAGAUACUUCUUCACCUAAAUACUCAUCAUCCCUCAAACAUUGGUAUAUUUCACUCUUCUCAUCCUUCAUGCAAUGCCAUUUGUAUGAUUGCUAUUGGUCUUGCCAAUCUGGGAGAUUAUCAACUAGCAGGAGAGGUGUUACAGCAUGCUCAGGAAAGGUUUCCUCCUUAUGGCCAGUUUUCCAGUACUUGGAUGUUUGCCCAAACACACAUAACCUUGAAUGAUUUACUUCUGCAAGGAUGCUGGACAGAGGCACAGAGUGUAAUAACCAGCAUGGCCACCUGUAAUCCUUUAGAAGCCAAAAUAAGGCAAUGUGAAUUAUUAGUAGCAAAAGGAGAGCUUACAAAAGUAUGGGAACUACUGGGUGAUUUAAGAGAAGACCCUGAACUUGUUGGUGAACUUCGUGUUCGAAUGCUACUCAUAGAAAGUUGUGCAGCUGUCAUGGGUGGUGGAUGUGCAGUAGCAAUACCUGUCAUUGUUGAAGCACUGACAAAUGCCAGAGAACAUCAUUUAACCUACUUAGAAGCAAUAGCGCAUCUUCACACAGCUAAUAUUCAGUUGCAAUUAGGUCGUCUUAGUGAGGCUGAAGCCAGUGUUCGCAAAGGCUUAGGAGUAGUUUUAGCAGGAGGCUCUGUUUAUGACCAAGCUAGAGCAAGAUUAGUUGCAGCAAAGCUUCAGAUUAGUAGAGCAGUUGGACCAGACAGGCAUAAAAAGCUUAUGAAAAUUGCUUUGUGUUUGGAACUUGCUGGUAAACUUUUCUUGAAAGUCAAAGCAUAUCACAAAGUUCGUGAAACACUCUACUUGAAGGCUCGGCUGUAUCAUGAAACUGGAUGUACAGAAGAGAGGAAUAAAUGUGCUCUAGAAUUUCGCCAGUUUGAACUACAACAUCCUUGUCAGUCAUUUCAAUUGUCUGUUAAUACAUUUUGAUUAAGGCAAUAAAAUUUGUAUUUUUUGUAAAGCAAUUGCACUACUAACUUUUGCCUAAUUAUGUACAUAUACCACAACAGUAUAUAAAAAUACAUGACCAAAACUGCC